UGUAGGAAGUAACUGACUAACUAGGAAGGCUGUUUGUGAUUGUCCUCCAUCUGUAGCUCUCCUCCACAAACGGAAACAUGGUGUCUGCUGCGCUGCUCUUUCUGCUGCUCGGUUCUGUCUGUCGAGAAGCCGCGUCAGAAAGAAAACUAGUAUACGUAACUGUGUUGUUUCGUCAUGGCGACCGGUCCCCUAUCAAAACCUACCCCACCGACCCUCACCAAGAGAGCGAGUGGCCACAGGGCUUUGGACAGCUAUCACAGGAGGGCAUGAGGCAGCACUUGGAUCUGGGCCGGUUUCUCAGGAGUCGUUACCAGGGGUUCCUGAACGAAUCGUAUGAUCGACACGAGAUCUCCGUCCGCAGCACGGACUACGACCGCACCCUGAUGAGCGCCGAGGCCAACCUCGCAGGUCUCUACCCCCCCACGGGUCGCCAGGUCUUCACGGCGGACUUGAAGUGGCAGCCGAUACCUGUGCACACUGUGCCGCAGAGUCAGGAGAGGCUUCUCUCUUUUCCUCUGGGGGACUGUCCUCGCUACAAACAGCUGAUGAACGAAACAGAGCACACGGAGGCAUUUAUUAAUGUCACAACAGAGUCCUCUGUGCAGGACCUCAUCGAGCUGGUCAGGAAUAAAACCGGACUAAAUAACACCACCGUGGAAACCGUCUGGAGCGUGUUUGACACACUGUUCUGUGAGUCCCGGCACAACAUGACCCUUCCUGACUGGGUGACUCCUGAAGUCAUGGGAAAGCUGCGAGUGCUCAAAGACUUUGGAUUUCAGGUCACAUUUGGCUUCUACAAACGGCAAGAAAAGAGCCGGCUGCAGGGAGGCAUCCUGUUGGGUGAAAUAGUGAAGAAUCUUUCCAAGAUGGCCGUCCCAGACCCAAAACUGAAGCUUAAAAUGAUGAUGCUGUCGGCACAUGACACCACUGUAGCCGCCCUGCAGGCCAGCUUGGAUGUGUUCAACGGAAGACAGCCGCCAUAUGCCUCCUGUCAAAUAUUUGAGCUGCACCGGGACGACAACGGCUCUGCCUCUGUGUCACUGUUUUACCGGAACAGCAGCAAAGAGGAGGCGUUCCCUCUGCAGUUACCCGGCUGCUCCCUCGACUGCCCCCUGGACGACUUUGUCAGAAUAACAAAGCUCUCCAUUUCAGAAGACCGCGACAAGGAAUGUCAACUGCCUUUGAAGGGGAGAGAUAAAGAAGUGAUCAUCAGUCUGGCAGUGUCUGGCUCUCUGCUCCUCCUCCUCGUCAUCCUCCUCCUCGGCGUGAUGUGUUGGCAGAAGGAGCCAACCGGUAACCGGGGUUACCACCAAGUGAUCAACCAGGAAGCCGUAGAGGAAUCCUGACAGGAGCACAGACUCGUCCCUCGGACAUCGGCGAGCAUGGAGUCCUGGGGCAGCAGCAGUGAAGACGAUGAACUUUGAACUGUUCAAAAAAAUAAAAAAAAAUGUCUGUGGGGCUGGUUCCAUCAACAAUGUUUGGGGACCUGCAACUUCAAUGACGGCUUCCUCGGCUCUUGACACUAACACAAUGGAUGAAACGUCAUCUGAGGGACCAGGAAUGUGAAGUAAAUGAAGCGGAGAAAACAACUUUUAGUCAGUUUGUCUUCUAAAGAAGUUGCCGUUUUCCCACAUUGGUCUGAUGUGGCCAAAUAUGUCCCAGAUGUCUGCUGUCUAUGUAUGAAUAGUUUGGCAUCCCGGUGUCUUCCCGGCUCGUCACAUUCUCGUUAAAAACAUGCAGGACAGGACUUUCACCUCAGAUAUCAUUCUCAAAGCUCACUUUCUAUCAUGAGCAGAAUACUUUCGCUUACUACGUAUGUGUUCACAUCUGCGGGUGUAUUCAUGGGCUACCAGUUUGUGCGUUGCAGUGUGAUUGUGAGGACUAAUGGUCGAGAUGCCUUAAAGUGUUUUUGAUAUUUUGGCUUGUUUUGGUGCAGAUGUUAGACGCACUAUUUCCACAAUGGAGCAGCAGGGUGGUGCUGACUCGCACCGAGCGAAACAACCAAGAGCAUCGUUACAAGUGUCCUUUAGCAAAAUGGCAACCAGCUAAAUCUCUUGUGCGCCUUUCAACCAGCUUCUUAAAUAUGCAGCUUUCAGAAACACUGUAAACUUUGUCUUUCAAUCCGACUGUGAAUGAUUUGACAAGCAGUCCUGUUCAACGCAACUUUAUUUUGAACUGUUGAUCGAAUACUCUUUUUAAGUACAACUAAACCCCCAACCCAUAUUUUUCAUCUAUAUAAGUGGAUUGUAUUUUACUGUUGAAUGUUUCAUGUUCGGACCUAAACGUUGUUUCAACUAACGGUGAGCUUGUGAAACGGACAUAGGUGGGAUGUAACAAAGUUCCAAAACGUAUUAAAGAGCUAGUUCAUCAAUUCAUAUUUCUAUUUAAUGAUAUCUCACUCAAACGAACUAACGUUUACAUUGUAUUUUGGUAAUGCAACUGCCCCUUUUAUAGGGACAAUAGUUAUCAUGCUAGCGGUUAGUGUCUGCUAAAUUAAAGAGUAAUGCUGACUGUUAAAUUACAUUUAGCCACACAAAGUGCUAACUUAUGUGGAACACCACAGUUACUGUCAAGUCAUUUCCAGGGUUAAGGGUCUUCAGCCAAAAAUUAGGGGUUCAGUGUCUAUAUAUGGAGGGAUGUGUCACCAAAACCUUUGUCUUCUGGCUCAAAUAAAUUUCAAAUCCCAAUGCAACAUUGUCCAGAAUCUGGCUCUAUUCUUAAGUCACAAUUUUGCACUAAAUUAGUUUGCAGUGUCAGUCAUUGUAGUUAAAUCAAACAUGGAGAACCUGAUCUUUGCUUAAAAUAUUUAUGUUCAAACUGUCAUUCAAAUUAGAAUUAAGGCUCUAUGAAAUUCAUUCUUGUUUUUUGGGGGAAAAAUAAACUAAUGCGAAUGUAGACGUCCAACACAUACGCUGUGGUGAACUAUUUUUGCAGCGAGUUGCUGUCUUGACUUAAUUUGGGUUAAACGUGUUAACUAGUAAACUCGGCCACGUGACCGGCUGCAUAAGAAGAAUUUCUGUGCAACUCACUGGCUGUUUGACACCGAUCACACCUAUGGGUUGCAUCAUUUCAAAUUAAUAUUUGUGAUUGGGAAAGAUGAAAGAUUCCGCUUUGUGUGUCUUAAAAACAGUGCAGUAGGCCUUUAUUUAAACAUGGUAGCGCUUUUCUUGCAUACACAGUUAGUGAUCUGUCACACAAUAGGUUACAUUCAGAAUGCCACAGAUAAAUUAAUCUAUAACAAAAAAAAAAAUUAUGAAAACAAUCUCCAUUGUACAG